CAGCAGGAACCGGUUGAUUUCAACUCCUCCUAUACAGUGUCUGCUCAUCCUGAAAAGGGCUGUCGCUUUCACAUGCCGGCAAACUUCUGAAGCUGACGUUUAUGUCCUCUGAUCAGGACACUUCCGAGUAGCGAAGGCCCCGUCAUCAAUGACUAGCAUGGAGUAUGAAGUCAUUGUGGUGGGCGGAGGACUGUCUGGGCUUGCCGCCGCUGACAAGCUCAGCAAACAAGGCCUCAAAGUCCUGGUUCUGGAGGCGUCUGAUCGCUUCGGGGGGCGCACAUUGACUGUCAGAAGCGAAGACGGGGGAGCGCACGACCUGGGCGGUCGUUGGCUCGCACCUUCUCAGCAUUUGAUGCACGCGCUGUGUGCAGAGUUGGGGAUCAGCGUGAGAAAGCAGCACACGGGGGGCUAUGCGAUCAUGCACCCCGGGGGGGCUGGUUCGGUGCGCAAGUACCAUGGGACGGUGCCCCCCAUUCCGAUACUGAGUCAGCUCGAGCCUGCCAAGGACUUGCUGGAUGUCGCGGUGAGGAUGGUGUGGGGCUGCGAAUGCCGGGACAUCUCUCUGCUUUUUGCGUUGCAUUAUUCAAAUGUUGCGGGGGGGUUCGCUCAGCUUGUGGACGCGGAGGGGGCGGCGCAGGAUUCGUACAUUGAAGGGGGCGCGCAGCAGCUGAGUGAGCGGCUGGCUGCGAGGGUGGCGGGACGGAAGGGCUGUGCGUGCAUUUCAGAGGCGCCUGUUUACCAGAUUGACCACGGCGGCGAGCUUGGGGGAAGCGGAGAAGAUGGUGUAAGCAGCAAAGAGCUUGGGGAGACAGGUGUCGCCGCGUCAUACGAGCGAGGGGCAAGCUCCAACGGCCCAGAGCCAAGUGAAGAAGGUGCAAGUUUGAAAGCGGGCCAGUGUGAGACAGAAUCAGGGUCUCAUUCGAGUCAUCCAGCAAGCAACAACAAUGCUUCUGAAGAACGCGGACGCAAUGGAGGAGCAAUAGUCCACAGCGCAAAGGGGGCGUUUCGGGCAAAAGCUGUGAUUGUCGCUGUCCCCCCCACAAUGAUCAUCCGGCACAUCUCCUUCUUUCCCCCCCUGCCCCUUCUCCAGGAACAGAUUGGUUCGCGCUACUUCAUGGGCUCGUACACUAAAGCAGUUGUCUGCUACCCAACGCCGUUCUGGCGGGAAAAGGGGUUCAGUGGGGAGGCCAUGGCUGCGGGGUAUUCCAGGGAGCACCCCGUGCUGAUGUCAUUUGACGUCAGCGGCGAGGGCGGGGCGUACGCAGCUCUGGCGUGCUUCAUCACAGGGGCCCUUGCGGAUGACCACGGGGGGGUGACGGAAGAGGAACAAAGAGCGGGGGUUGUACGGUCGCUAGUGCGGUUCUUUGGGGAGGAGGCGCGGGCGUUCACCGAGUUGCAUCUAAAGGUGUGGGCGGACGACCUCUGGACCAAGGGAUGCCCGGUGAACCUUGCCCCCCCUGGCGUCACGUGCAAGUAUGCCGGAGUCCUUCGAAAACCGAUCGGUUGCCUCCACUGGGCUGCGACCGAAACGUCGACUCGGUGGUUAGGCUACAUGGAAGGGGCGCUUGAAGCUGGGUAUAGAGCAGCAGGCGAAGUCGAGCAGUGGCUUAGUAAAGUUGAACCAAAGUGAUACGGCGUUGCUAGAAAUAAUAACGCAUCUAAUUGAAGUCGAGAUUCCGGUUGUGCGCGGCGCUAAGAUUGCCAGCUGUCAUCUCUGUACAGGGGGCUGCUGAACUGGAAGAGGGUACUGGCUUGCGAUGAGAGUACAAACAGCCCGGGGAGUCGGGGAUGCUUAGGAUACAUUAUAGGCUUGAAAACAUAAGUCAAAAAGAUGAUCGACAAGGUCCAUAAGAUUGUACAGCCUGAGACGAUGACUGGUGACACUUGCCAAAGUAGAAAUGCGCGGAAGAGUGGCUGAUCGUUGGCGGAUCAUUGAAGGAGCCUCUGCUAUGUGCUCGCCGCUCACAAUGGGCCUUUCUUUUUGGUAGUACGUGUGUUUCUUCACUGGUUAGUCAAAAACUGCGGUCAUCCGACGUACUUAUAACCUUGUGGAUCCUCGUGUGCUCCUAGCUAAGUAUCAAGGAUAAUUGUUGG